AAUUUUGAAUAUAGAAAUUUAAACAAACUAAAUAACAGAAAAGAUACUUUAAAAAUGGAAGUAAAACUGCCAGUAGGUGGUGGCAAAUCAUUGAGUUUAUCACUGAAUCAUUCAUUCAAUUGAUUUGUUCAAAUGACUAAUUCAUUCAGGAAUGAAGCAAGUGACUGGCUAAUUGAUUCAGAUUCAUUUAAAAACGGGGAACCCUGGUUAUCAUUCCUAUUUGUUCAGGUCAAUUAUGAACAAUAGGUAAAAUUGAACUGCUAGCGAAAACUUGAGAGAAUUGUGUGCUGCAAAUAUUUUAAUGGCUCCUCCCCUUUGAUUGGCCCCUCAACUAAUCUCACUCCAAACUUUUGCCAUAGCUUGAGAGCCCUGAAUUAACUGCAUUUUCUGUUGACCAAAAUGCUGUUGUUGUUGUUUUUUGUUGUUGUUUUUUUUGUGUUUGACUGUUAUCCUGUAAUACAUUUACAGAUAAUUUGUGGAAGACGACUGUUAAAUUUCGCAUAUUAGGCUGUUUAUAUAUUUCAAUAUUUGUGUAUUCUUCUCAUGUCUGAAUAAAUGUAAUAUUGUGACUUUCCCCAUAUUGUGUGACAACAUCUCCCAUCGUGUGUUAAAUGACCUGUAUAUUUCUCUUAGACCGUAACACCGGAAAUGUUCAAUAGCUAUUUGUAGUCAAGAUAAAAUGUGUCAGUACAGGAAAUAAUUCCAGUCAUGUCCCUGCUCAAAUGUCAAAGGAAUCUGGAAGGCAAAAUCCUGUGGAUGAAGGUAUGGCAAAACUGCUGUGCAGAUCAGGAUGGCGGCUGCUGCACAAGAGAGGAGAUUUGUUCACCUGUCCGCCCACUGAUGCCCUGGCGCACUGCAUCAGUGAAGACUGCCGCAUGGGAGCAGGGAUCGCUGUGCUCUUCAAGAAGACCUUUGGUAGAGUAGAUGAGCUUCUGGCUCAGAAGAAGCAACCUGGGCAGUGUGCUGUCCUGAGAAUAUCUGAGCGUUUUGUGUACUACCUGGUCACAAAGAAAAAGUACAACCAAAAACCCACCUAUGACAAUCUCAGAAAGAGCCUUGUGUCUAUGAGGGAACACUGCUUGGCCAAUGGUGUUAACAGUAUAUCCAUGCCUCGGAUUGGCUGUGGUCUGGAUAGACUGAAAUGGGAAAAUGUGUCUUCCAUUAUCACAGAAGUCUUCCAGGACACACAAAUCUCCAUCACUGUGUACACAAUCUAGACCACAGUAGGUCUGAAGCUUGAAGAAUGGUUGGGGGAUGACUUUCUAUUCUAAUGGAAUUUCACAGCAUACUGUAUGGUGUGUAGGGUGUUCAUUAGUCUUGUUCUGGGAAACAUAGGCUCUUAAGACUGUUCCAGUUAUAUACUCUAAGAAUAUGUAGGGGUUCAGUUCCAUUGUUCUUCCAUUCUCCUGUUGCAUCUCUAAAUUGUGUGGAUGUUCUUUUCAUCACUAGAGGGUCACUGGAUUGUUUGAUAAAUUAUGCUUUCUAGUUCAUAUUUUUCCAGUCAUUAUCACUAAAUUAAAUGUACCUCUAAUAUUAAUGCACUAUAAAUGUCCCAUAAAUAAUGAUUCCACCAUUA